GACCGAACGACACCUAUUCUUAUUCACUCUCUAAUCGCGAGCGAAUUCUAUUCAGUACCGAAUAGUGACUUGAAUAGAACGCACGCCGGCCAAAAAAAUAUUAUACAAAAUGCCAGAAGUACACCCAGCUUUUGCAAACUCUGGAAAGAAGGCGGGGCUAGAAGUAUGGAGGAUAGAGGACUUCGAACCGGUGCCAGUGCCUGCUUCUCAUCACGGCAACUUCUAUUCUGGAGACUCCUACAUUGUCCUUAGCACGACGGGAGACGCGUCGCGACUCUCAUGGGACAUCCACUUCUGGUUGGGCAGUAAGAGCACGCAGGAUGAGAGGGGGUCCGCAGCCGUGCUCACUGUCAACCUGGACGAUGAGCAGUUCCAUGGAGCUGCUGUGCAACAUAGAGAGGUUCAGGGUUACGAGUCGAAGCUGUUCUUGGAUUACUUUCAGCCUGCGAUCAGGUAUUUAGACGGUGGCCACGCAUCAGGCUUCAACCACGUGACUAUCAACGAGGGAGCCGAGAAACGCCUCUUCCAAAUCAAAGGGAAGAGGAAUGUUCGAGUGCGACAGGUGGACGUAUCCUUCGCAUCUCUCAACAAGGGCGACUGCUUCGUCUUGGACGUCAACCAUGAAAUAUAUCUGUACGUUGGAGACAACGCCAAGAGUGUGGAGCGACUGAAGGCCAUUACUGUAGCCAAUCAGAUCAGAGACCAGGACCAUAAUGGGAGGGCUAGCAUUGAGAUUAUUGAUGCCGACUCCCGUGACAGUGACUUUGAGAAGUUCUUCGAAGCCCUGGGGUCUGGAGACAAGGACUCCGUGGCCGAAGCUACCGAAGGUGGUGAUGAUGAGCAGGAAUUCGAAAAGGGCGCCUCCACAGAGGUUUCUCUCAGCGAGAUCUCAGACAGCUCGGGUUCUAUCAAGAUAACGAAGCUUGAACCACCUCUGACAAAGGAUUUACUUAAUACUAAGGAAUGUUACAUUUUGGACACUGGAAGCUACAGUGGCAUUUACGUAUGGGUUGGACGCGAAUCAAAUGACAAGGAAAAGUCUGAAGCGAUGAAAAAGGCUGAACAGUACCUCAAAUGGCACAAUUAUCCUGAAUGGGUACCAGUCACAAGGAUUCCCGAAGGCGUAGAGCCGACUGCAUUCAAACAGAAUUUCCAAGAAUGGCAAUAAUUUUAACUUUUACAACCCACCGAGAUUUUUUCCAAAAAUCUUAGAUACAUCACACUCAAAAAAACGCGCGAAUACUCAAAAAGUUGUUUAAUAAUAAUUGAUUUGUUGAAAAAAAAUCGGUCACCCAUCCAACGACUGACCUUGGCAUAAGCAGCUUAACUUUUAAAGCUGAAAAA